AUGCCGGUGAUGAGAGGGCUGCUGGCCCCACAAAACACCUUCCUUGACACCAUCGCUACCCGUUUCGAUGGCACCCACAGCAACUUUGUUCUGGGAAACGCCCAGGUUCAGUCACUCUACCCCAUUGUCUACUGCUCAGACGGUUUCUGUGAGCUCACUGGUUACGCCCGUGCUGAGCUCAUGCAGAAGAGCUGCGCGUGUCACUUCCUGUAUGGCCCUGAAACGAGCGACCAGUUGACAGCCAAGAUCCAAGGAGCCCUGGAUGAGAGGAAGGAGUUCAAGACCGAGUUGGUCUUCUACAAGAAGGAGGGUACACAGUUCUGGUGUCUUCUGGACAUUGUUCCCAUUAAAAAUGAGAAAGGUGAGGUGGUUCUGUUCCUCGUGUCCCACAAAGACAUCACUGACAAGAAGAGGGACCAGGAUCCGGAACAAGGACCUGACACAGAUGAGGAGACAGGUCUGGAGGUGCAUCAGGUUACUCGCCCUCCAGGCUUCAACGCCAACCGGCGGCGCAGCAGAGCUGUGCUGUAUCACCUGUCAGGACACCUGCAGAAACAAGACAAGAGCAAGCUCAAGCUCAACAAUAACAUGUUUGGAGAGAAGCCUCCAAUCCCAGAGUACAAGGUAGCUGCCAUCCAGAAAUCUCGCUUCAUCCUCCUCCACUAUGGGACGUUCAAGGCCGGCUGGGACUGGUUGAUUCUGCUGGCGACCUUCUAUGUGGCUGUCACCGUGCCCUAUAACGUGUGCUUCACCGUGGUGGGAGGGAGAGAUGAAGGGAGCACUGCACCCCGAAGCCCACCGAGCGUCAGUGACAUCCUCGUAGAGAUCCUGUUUAUUUUAGACAUAAUGCUGAACUUUCGAACUACUUUUGUGAGCACGUCGGGUCAGGUAGUGUACGACGCCCGCUCCAUCUGUGUUCACUACGUCACCACCUGGCUCUUUGUCGAUCUCAUAGCCGCCCUGCCCUUUGAUCUGCUGUAUGCUUUCAACGUCAGCGUGUACUUUGGGGUCCACCUGUUGAAGACGGUUCGGCUGCUUCGGUUACUGCGGCUGCUGCAGAAGCUGGAGCGCUACUCCCAGUACAGCGCAGUGGUUCUGACCCUGCUGAUGUCCAUGUUUGCCCUGCUGGCCCAUUGGAUGGCGUGUGUCUGGUACUUCAUAGGUCGCAAGGAGAUUGAAAGCCCUGAUUCCUGGGAGAUUGGUUGGCUCUAUGAGUUGGCCAAGCGCCUGGGUAACCCCUACUCCCUCUCCCCCUGGACGACACUGGUCCACACCACAGUCAGCAGCCUCCCAGCCAACAGCAGCCAGUGGAAUGUGUCGGGGUCAGAGUUUGCGAGUCAGGGCUCCUGGAACUCCAGCCAGUAUUACGGAAACGUGUCGGGAGGCGAUGCUGUGUCAGGGACAGGCACCGGGAGUGCUGGUGGGGGUUUCAAGGUGCUUGGUGAUGGCCCCUCAAUGCGUAGCAGCUACGUGACAUCACUCUACUUCGCUCUGAGCAGCCUGACUAGUGUGGGAUUUGGAAAUGUGUCUGCCAACACAGACUCAGAGAAGAUCUUCUCCAUCUGCACCAUGCUCAUAGGAGCACUGAUGCAUGCAGUGGUGUUUGGUAACGUGACAGCCAUCAUCCAGAGAAUGUACUCACGUCGCUCGCUCUACCACACUCGCACCAAGGACCUCAAAGACUUCAUCAGGGUUCAUCGGCUGCCCAAGGCCUUGGAGCAGCGCAUGCUGGAGUGUUUCCAGACUACGUGGUCGGUCAAUAAUGGAAUAGAUGUCAGUGAGCUACUGAAGGACUUCCCAGAUGAGCUGAGGGCAGACAUCGCCAUGCAUCUGAACAAGGAGCUGCUUCAGCUACCCCUGUUUGAGUCAGCUAGCAGGGGCUGCCUGCGCUCCCUCUCCCUCAUCAUCAAGACCUCCUUCUGUGCCCCGGGGGAGUUCCUCAUCCGGCAGGGUGACGCCCUGCAGGCCAUCUACUUUGUCUGCUCGGGGUCCAUGGAGGUCCUGAAAGACAACACUGUGCUGGCCAUACUGGGUAAAGGAGAUCUGAUUGGCUCGGACUCCCUGACGAAGGAGCAGGUGAUCAAGACCAACGCCAACGUCAAAGCCCUGACAUACUGUGACCUGCAGUAUAUCAGCCUCAAGGGCCUCCGCGAGGUCCUGCGACUCUACCCAGAGUACGCCCAGAAGUUCAUCAGUGAGAUACAGCAUGACCUCACGUACAACCUGCGAGAGGGCCACGGUGCCGAUGUGGACUGGGAAAGCAAUGGUGGUCUGGUGAAGAAGCUGCCGUCCAUCAAGGAGGAUGAGGAGGGUGAUGAAGAGCAGAACUCGGUGUCCCGUGCGCCCCGUUCCCCGUUGCGUCUCAGCAGGGGGCUCAACUCACCCUUGCGCUCCCCUCUUCUGCCACCCAGGCCGUUCCGCGCCCCCUCCGAGCACUCCCGUCCCACCACCCUGCAGAUACCGGUGGUCAGCUUCAGCAGCGCACCACCUGAACUAAGCCCUAGAUUUGUGGAUGGCAUCGAAACGGAGAGCAAUUCCAACUCAUCGCAGAAGUUUGAGUUCAGCCCCAGCCUGUCACCUGCGGCCCCGCCCUCACCAUACCCAGGGAUCCGGGAGCAGUCUGAGAUCAAGCAGAGUGUGUCUAAAUUGACUGAGGAGAUGAACAGCCUCUCUAAACAAGUCUCCACGCUCAGUCAAGAGCUGCAGGAAAUGACACGUCUGCUUAAGCCCCUCCUCCAAAGAACACCGCAGCCAAUCCUGAUGACCAUGAUGCCAAAUUUAACCCCUCCUCCUAGCAGUGCCGGCCAGCUGCCAACGAGCACCGGUGUAGUGAUCCCUCCGCCCGCCACACCUUGUUCCCUCCAGAGACCUGACACUCAUUCCCUGUUGGACAGUGGAGACAUAGAAGGUGUGGAUUUGCCAGGAUGCCUUCUCCCGACUCCUCAUUCACCAAAAAGGCCUAAUUCAUCUCCCUCAGCAUUGCCGCAGCCCCUGUCCAACCCUCCAGGGGGCAACAUCAAGAGCCCUGCCCACUCCGACCUAUCCUUGACCAAGGAAGGACUUCAUGAGGGGUCCCCAGCCUUGCGAAGCCUCCAUGCAUCCUCCAGUAAUGGCAUAUUUCUGUCCUCGCUGCAGGACCAGCCUCCCCUGGCCUCUCACACCCCUUCACCUUCUCUCUCCUUCUCCAUGUCCCUCUCCUCCUCUCCAUCUCUUUCCCCCUGCCAAGGGCCCCACCCGUCCCGACCUGUCAGCUGUGCCAGCCGAGGCCUGCUCCCUCCGCCUCCCUCCCAAGACACACCUCCUCCCCAGUCCUCUCACUGCUCAGCUCCCCCAUCCCUCACAUCCUCACCAGGCGACCAUCGGCUGAGGCCUUCCCCAUCGGUCCCUCUCGUAUCCCCCGCCUUCUCUCUCCGUCCCUCCAGCUUCUCCCUGCCCUUGUCUCUGGACAGUGCGAUGAGAAGGCAGGGAGACACCCAGACUCUCACUAGGUGCAACUCACAACCGCGCUGCAGGCAGGCCAGACCUGUCGCUCAUCCCCAGGAGCUGGAGAUGCAGGAGUGGAGAGGCGAGGCAGAGGAGGGGAGGUACUCCGCCGAGCACAUCAGCUUCAUUGAUGAAGAUGAGCCGGCGGUAUGA